UUAAUUAAAAGAAUAGGGUGGGUGAGUAUAAUAUUUUAAGAGGUAGAGUGUUUGAAUAGUCAUCCUGCCACAAGUUAAGAAUUACAAGCAUUCAUCUUCGAAAGAAAAAAAUUUGAAACUUCGUGUUAAAAACCAUGGAUGGAGGUGCUGCCAUCGAAGUUCUUGUCCAAAACCUGAUCAACGCUUUAAGGGAAGAGUACUCUCUACUUCGAGGUCUCGAUGAAGACGCGCAAACGCUGCAGAGGACUUUGAUCGUGAUCAUGGCCUACUUGAGUGAUGCAGAGAAGAAAUUCAUCACUCAAGAUGCUGUCAAGAUCUGGUUGAGGGAGCUCGAAGCUCUGGCUUUCGAUGCUGAUAAUGUCUUGGACAAACUCAGCUAUCAUCUUCUCAGCAAAAAAGUGAAGAAAAUGAAGACACCCACAGCCAAGGAUAAGGUACUGUCAUGCUUCUCUUCCUUUAGUCGCGUUUCACGUCGGCAUAAUAUGGCUAAUACAAUCAAACAAAUCAACGCGGAAUUUGAGUCUAUGAACAAAAGAGCAGCAGAUCUUGGCCUUCAAAGCAUGAUUGUGAAUGCACCUGAUGUUGCUGUUGUUUCCUUUGAGACUGAUUCGUUGAGUCUUGAUCCCAUCUUUAUUGGAAGAGAUGAUGAUGUGCCUAAACUAGUUGACAUGCUCACCCCGAUCCACCAAGAUCGGAUCUUUUCCAUGGUUGCUCUUGUUGGAAUGGGGGGUGUGGGGAAGACUACAUUGACUAGGAAAGUCUUUAAUCAUGAAAGGGUAAAGGCUCGAUUCGGAUCACUUAUUUGGGUUCAUGUUUCUCAAACUUUUGAUCCAAUCACUCUUUUCAACAAAAUCUAUUCAACGUUGGCUUCAAAUACAGUUGACAGGAUUGAGAUCAAGGAAGUUAUCUUGAAAAGGCUUCAAGAAGUUCUGAAGUCUAAAACUUAUCUUCUUGUUCUUGAUGAUGUAUGGAAUGAAGAUGUUACAAAGUGGGAAGAUUUUAUAAAUUCCAUUUCAGGAGUUACUUCUACCAAAGGGAAUGGCAUGAUCAUCACUACCCGGAGUCAGAAGGUUUCUUCAAUUGUGAACUCACUCGAAUAUGCUUUGAGUGGCUUAUCAGACCAUGAUUGUUGGUCCAUAAUCAAAGCAAAAGCUGCUUUUGAUGGAAAUGGAGAAGUUGCAUCAAGAUUUGAGAUUAUUGGAAGAAAGAUUGCAGAAAGAUGUGGGGGUUUGGCCUUAGCUGCCAAUGUAGUCGGGGGUGUGCUUCGCUACAAGUCCGAAGAAGAGUGGCGCUUAAUCGCUGAAAAUUGGCUUUCAGAUGGCGAAGGAGGUGAAAAUAUUUCAAGAAUAUUGAAACUCAGCUAUGAUCAUUUGUCUUCGCCAUCACUCAAGAAGUGCUUCGCGUAUUGUUCAGUUUUCCCCAAAGGUUACGUUGGGAUGAAGCAAGAGCUGAUCGAACUAUGGAUGGCAGAAGGGUUUCUUCAACAAAACCAAAUCGAUGAUAUGGAAUCUGUGGGAAACAUGUUUUUUAAUGUGUUUCUACAGAUGUCUCUGUUGCAAGGUGCAAGCAAAGAUGAUUAUGGAAAUGUGGAACAUUUUGUGAUGCAUGAUCUUGUGCAUGAUCUUGCAUCUUCUGUUUUAUCUAAUAAUGCAAAUGGCAGCACCAUAGUUCGAUACAUGUUUCUCGAGAAAGAGUCGAUUCCUAUUCCAAAAGAAGUGGCCAAGCAUGUGCGUACAUUAUUCUUAAAAGGCGGAACUUCUGCUACCAUGUUCCUAAACUUCAAAUGUUUGCAUAAUCUAACACUUGAUUAUACCGAUCUACCCAAUUCGAUUAGGGAGUUGAUACAUUUGAGAAAUCUUAAUGUUUCGUAUACAGGAGAGUUGCCGGAUUGGAUUGGUGAACUCCAUCACUUGCAAACUUUAAGAACAGAAUCAUGGAAACUCCCGAAUACGUUGAAGUACUUGAUUAACUUGAGGCAUCUUUAUAUCAGGCAGUAUGCAGAGUUGCCUACGGAGAUUGGGAGAUUAACUAGUCUCCAAACACUACCUUACUUCACAGUGGGCGAAGACAAGGGCUAUCGAAUUAAAGAACUUGGAAGUUUGAAGAAUCUCAAAGGAACACUAGGGAUUCAGCAUCUUGAAAGGGUGCCUGACAAAGAAGAGGCUUUGGAAGCAAAUAUAUGUCAGAAGCCGAACUUAUAUGAGUUGGUGCUUGAAUGGAGUGAUGGCAGAGAAGAUGAAAGAAAUGAUGAAAGUGUGUUGGAAGGUCUCCAACCUCAUAUAAAUCUUAAGAAGUUGAAGAUUUAUGGAUUCAAAGGUAAAAUAUUUCCAACAUGGGCUGCGAAGAUGGCCGUGCGGGAUGGGCUUCAACGCUCUUGGGUACCACUUGACAAUGUGAUUGAGAUAAGACUGUAUAGAUGCUCAGAGAUUGAGGAAAUCCCCGCGAUGGAGCACUUAGCUAAUCUUAGAUCUCUUACUUUGUGGGAAUUGAAGAAGGUGAGGCUCAUAAAUUCCUCAUUUGGUAAUUUAAAGUCCCUCAGAAUAGAAAAGUUUGAGGCAUUGGAAUGUCUAGGAGAAGAGCUAUUCUAUAACAAUCACAAUCUCUCAAAGCUGAGGAUUAAGAAGUGUUCUGUGUUGAGAGAAUUACCGGAUGGAUUAAACACACUCGAAUCUCUGGAGGAGUUGAUCAUCAUGGAUUGUCCAAAGCUGAAGUCGAUUGGGAGUCCAAGUGUCGUGGCAGGACAGGGCCAAGGAAUCCUCAGUUGGGUGCGCAUCAUAGGAUGCGAAGAGCUGGUGGAAUUUCCUCGUCAAAUGCUGGAGUCGUGGGCGCCAACAAUGGCGACUCUCGACCUGGAGGGACUAAGGAGCCUUGAGAAUCUACCAAUGCUGAUUGACUGCCUCGCUAAAUCAAAUCAUCUGAAAAGAAUGAGAAUCGCUGGCGUUCCUAAUUUUAAGGCUACCGGUAGCGUUAAGAGGUGGGGUUUAGGCAGCUUGGAGAAGUUAAACAUAGAUGUGAGUGUGGAGUGGUCAAGGGAGAAUAGUGGUGCCAUUGAAGAUGCUGUGGAUGGAAUGUUGCAAGGAUGUUGCAACUCACUUUAUGAGUUAAUAGUGAGAGGGGUGGAAGAUUGGGAGUGGCUGCCCCAAUCAAUUCAACAUCUUACUGCUAUUCAAAGGUUGGAAUUGAAGAAUGUAGGGGUGGAAGAAUUGCCACAAUGGUUUGAGAACCUCUCCUCUCUGUUUGAGUUAUGUCUAGUUGGUUGCAACAAGUUGAGACGGCUGCCCUCUGUGGAUGCGUUGAGGCGAUUGAAUCAGUUAGUGAUUAAAGAUUGCACUGAGCUAAGUAUUGAUCCGGAGUGGCGCGACCAUCCCAAUCUCACCAUCUACGUCGAUGGCCUCCACAUUUGAAUGUUGUUGAUGACAUCCCAAACAGAGGAGAGAUUGCCUUUGAGAAAGAAAAAGGAUGAGUAAACUUUGAGUUGAGUGGUGAUUUGGAGAAGAAGAUGGUUGCCUUGCAAACAUGGCAUUUCUGAGGUGUGCUAUUAUUGUUAUUAUUAUUAUUAUUAGUAUAGGAAAUCAUUGAACAGGGUUAUGCAUAUACCACAUAUUUUGAUGGAUUAAACAGUUUUGAGUUUGUUUUGAAGCAAGGCGGCUCUGGUACGGGAGGAGUAGACUCGAAGUACCUCCGUGGAUACUCUAUUUCGAGCAACGCAGAUUUCACUGUGCGAUUUUUCAUUCAAAUAAGAAACAAGUUUGAUCUUGCAGUUUGCGGAUUCAGUCUUGUUGAUUUUGAUUUUGUAGUUUAUGUGUACCGAAUUUGCUUCAUAAUCCGUAGAUACAACGUAGGGCAUGGAGGAUCGAUGUUAAGAGACUUAUAACACAUUAUUUGGAAUGACGGGCUUCACAACA